ACUCUAGAGGCGACGGUUACAUGUUUUUGAUAUUUUAUGAUAGAUUAUUUUGUUCUGUAAUUAGUGAGUGAAAUUAAAAAAUAUUAUUUUAAUUAUGAAUCAUUAAGUGUUUAAUUUAUUUAAUAUUAAAAAUAAUUUUUGAGCUUAAAAACGUGACUACAAACAUGAAUUCUCCAUUUAUUUGUUAUUCCCCAUCAAAUUCAACACGAAAUUCUUCUUCAUCAUUUUCUACACCUUCAAAAGGACCGACACCAGUAUUAACAGUAAUUGAUACUUGUCAGCUUUUAACUACCCGUAUUGAAGAAUGGUCUGAAAGAGAUUUACAAAAUUCAUUCACUGAUAAGAUAUAUGAAAUUUUAGGACGGGGUUCAGCAAGAGGAUUGGGCUUGGAUCAAUUAAAAAUUAGAAUAAUACAAAACCAGCGAUACAUGAGUAAGGAAACAGAAGCAGUGUAUUAUCUACUAUCUUGUCAAGGACCUAUAUUUAAACUUUGUUAUAUGCUUCUUUCAAAUAGCUCAUUCAAAUUUCAUGUUAAUUUUUCUGAUAUACCAAUUGAAUUGGCGAGAAGGAUUCAAAAAUUAUCAUCAAAAACAUUUUAUGGGCUACGAUUUUUACAACAUUCAGAUUCUAGUUUACCAGUUGGUCUUCUUUUAAAUUCUUUUGAAUUUUAUAUGUUCCACUUUACUGUUUAUGGUCUUAAAUUAAUUUCAUUGGAUUCUAUCAACAAUGUUAUUGAUUCCAAUGAACAGUCAUUAUAUAGAUAUUUAUGUUUAGAAUAUCUAAACUUUUUUUUACCUUUGGAAAAUUCUGCUGCUAUGGUUCCACCACAAUUACAGUAUAAUGUUUUAUCGUCCAUGCAAAGUCAAAAACCAUUUUCAAGUCCAGGUAAAACUUUCAGCUUCAUUAGGAAAGAUGUUACCAACAUAAAAGACUUAAAAUUUAAAAUGUUAAGUAGUGACGUUGAAAGUUCAUCUUGUGUGCUUACAUCUGAAGCUACAUGGCGUAGUGAAUUACUUGCUUUUUAUUUUGCUGAUAUUUGGUUAAGUUGCAAUUAUAGCUCAACUCCUUCAUCUGAUUUAACAAAAAUUGUAAGAUUGUUUAUCAAACAUUUACAUAAUUAUUCCAACUGUGCAGAUCAUAAACCACUGGAUAAUUUAAAAUUAAUGUUAAGUGCUCGGUACGGUGUAAAAAUUUAUCAAUAUUUAGCACAUUAUAUGGAUCAUUGGCCUCAAGAUUUCUCAUUUCGCUUGUUGUUAGAAAAUUGGCUUAGCUAUAUACAACCAUGGCGUUAUGAUGGAUCAAUAAUUCAACAACGAGUAAUCACAGAAAAAGAAAUGAAUGAUAAGUGGAAGAUAUUUAUCAUAAGAAAUUUGUUAUGUUAUACAAAAUUGUUUUACCGUGCUAUAAAAAGAUUUAAUUGUAUAGAUAUUUGUUCCCCUCGAUAUUCAGCUAUGAUAUUUCGAUUGCUUAAAGUUUUUACUCAUCCAUAUUUAUUGAAAAUUGUCCUUGAUAUUGAAAAUAGUUUUUUAAACAAUAAGCCUCAACAAAAGACAUGGAAUUUGUUGUUAUCUGAGAGCUUAGUUGAAACUGAAGGGCCCUAUUUCAAAUAUGAAGCAAUGUUUUCUGAUGAACGAAUGGUAGAGUAUAAACUGUUUCACACCAAAUUACAAAAAUCUUUGGAACAUGUUGCUCAAGAGUUUUAUCGUUUUCAAGAAGAUAGAAAAGAUAGAAAUAAUUCAUCAUUUUUUGAUAUGAUGUUGCCUCCUAGAAAAAACAAAAUAUCAGAUUUUACUUUGCCAGAGUGGGAAGAAAUACAAACAAAUCUUAAGUCUUCAAAACUGUUUAUGGAACAAAUUAUUAAUAAUAAUGCAACGAAUACUCCAAUAACAGAAAAUUUAUUAAAUUGGUCAGUGUCUAGUUUAAAUCUAAAUCAAAGUCAGCAAUCUCUAAAUGUAUCAUUUGCUAGUCAGUCAUCUGCUACAUCACUUGAAUAUAUUUCGCCAUCUAAAAAAAUAAAUCGUUCAAUAGAAUGGGAAAUUGAUCCGGAUUUUCUUGAUACAUUAUCAUAUGAAAACAAUUAUUUAGUGAAAUUGAGUAUUUAUUUGAGGAAUGCUGUAGAACGUUAUUGGUAUCCAUUUAUAAUUAAUAUGUGUAUAUCAGAAAGUGUUAUUGCUGGUGUUUUACGCCAAGCUAUCAUAAGACCACCAAUGAAAAUUUAUAUAUAUGAACCUAGACAGGAUGGAUCAGGAAGAAAAGUGAGAACUCCAAAAGUUAUUCCUCCAACUAUAAGUUUUAGACCAUUAGCUUCCUAUUUUAGAAUAUUUUGGGUGCUUUUUAUCAUAACAUUAAUUAUGCAAUUGAAUAGCUUCUCUUUUUGGAUUUUUGUUUGGUACACAUUAAAAAUUAUCUAUAUGUGCAUUAAAUAUAUUCUUGGAUAUGCACCAGUUUAUAAUUGGAAUUUUAGCGAGAAUUAAAAAUCUGUGUAAAAAAUUGUACAACUUAAAUGUGUUCAUUUGUUAUAUUUGUCAAUUAAGUUUUACUUAUAUUUAGUUUUUAUUUUAUGUAGUAAGUUAAACUAUAUGAAAUUGUGGAAUGUGAAACUAUUCUACAAAUUUUUUUUCUACCAUUGCAUUUUAUUAACCAUUUAUACAAAAAUUGU